UGAGCGGAGCAGGAAGACGAGCACAGUACGGCAGGAGACUAGAGGGCGGAUUUCGUUGCUACACACGAAGAGCUGCUGCGCUGGGGAAAGAUGCUGCCGUCUCUGCAGGAGUCUGUGGAUGGGGACGAGAGGGAGCUGGAGAGCAGCGAGGAAGGGGGCGGCCCGGCCGAGGAGCGGAGGCCGGAGCGGUUCAGUAAUAGCUACUACUGUCUGUACGGCUACCAGGGCUACAGUUCAUCAGAGCAGGCUGCUGACAGUGAUGAUGGAAGUCCGAGCAGUGCAACACCAGAAACUCCCUCUGCUGAAGACUUUAGCCUCUCCUUGGUGGAUACUAACUUACCAGCUGAAGCAGAGACAGAAUUACGCAGUUUUAUUGCUAAGCGUUUUAUUAAAGGAGCACUUUUUGAGGGGAUGGGUAAUGUUGCAUCUGUGGAGUUGAGCAUACCAGAAUUUCGAGUUGGUUGUUAUUACUGUCUUCUCCAACAAGAAAAGCUUCUAGAAACAGCAACAGUGGAAUCAAACAUCAGCCCUCCAGAGUAUGUAACUUGUUUCUUAGGAGGCUCAGAGAAAGGGCUCGAGCUUUUCAGACUUGAGUUGGACAUGUAUGUUCAAGGCCUGAAGACUAACCUUGAUUCAGAGAAAAGUAACCUGGAGACUUAUAUUAAACCCUACCUAAGAAGUUGGUUUGAGGACUCUGUAUGCCCUAUCCAGAGGGUAGUGCAGCUCUUCCAGGAGAAACUCGCCUUUUUAUUACAUGCUGCUUUGAGUUACACUCCUGUUGAAGUUAAAAAUUCAGAUGAAAGAACAAAGAAAGAUAUUCACAGGUUUCUGAGUGCUGCCAGUCUCCAAGGUCUCAUUCAGGAAGGUACAAUGACCUCCUUGUGUAUAGCCAUGACUGAGGAACAGCACAGAUCGGUGGUAAUAGACUGUAGUGGACCACAGCCUCAGUUCCAUAAUGCAGGAAGCAACAAAUUCUGUGACGACUGGAUGCAGGCUUUUCUAAAUGGUGCUGAAGGUGGAAAUCCAUUUCUCUUCCGGCAAAUAGUGGAGAACUUUAAAUUGAAGGCCAUACAAGACACUAACAACCUGAAGAGGUUUAUUCGUCAGGCAGAAAUGAACCAUUAUGCCUUGUUCAAGUGUUUCGUGUUUCUAAAGAACUGUGGCAGUGGAGAUGUCCUUCUGAAGAUUGUUAAAGUGGAGCAAGCAGAAAUGCCAGAAGCCAAAAAUGUAAUAACUGUCCUUGAGGAAUUCAUGAGAGAAACAGCAGUAGCCUAAAAAUCUUAAUUUUUGUACUUGCUUUGUGCUAUUGUAUAAAUAAUUAAUUCCUUCUUUGCAGAUCAGAAUUCACUAUUGCAGAAACUUAAAUUAUAUUUGAAAGCAUUCAGUCAUUUCAAACUUAUUUCACAUCUGAGUCUUUUUAGAAAAAGCAGCAUGAGAUUUGCUUCAAUUUUUGAAUAUAGUGUUUUAUACAAAUCCAGACAUUCUUUUUUCAACACUUACCAGAUUCUGCAACUGAUCCUCCUUUUUUGGGGACCACACCAUUUUGUUUUUUACUGUCAUGUCAUAAGAAAAACUUUCACCUGAAUGGCAGUGAUAGUUUUUAAGCAUUUAGAAAAUGUUUAAUGCAUAAGAACUAGUAGAGAGGAUCAUGACUAAACAUUGAGAUCAGAUUUAUUUAAA